CGGGGGAUGUCGGGAACGGCCCCGCCCCUUCCCAGCGGCCCCUGCGGGGCGAGGGGCGGGGCGAGCUGGGCUGGACUGGGAUGGACUGGGAUGGACUGGGGUGUACUGGAGUGGACUGGGGGGUUCUGAGGUGUACUGGGGUUGUACUGGGCUGGAGUGCGCCCUACCCGGCCGUGCCGGGUUAUCCCGGGCUGUACUGGGAUAUUCUGGGGUCAUACUGGGCCCCACAUACAGUGGGGUUGUACUGGGCUUGACUGGGCCCUGCCGGGUUAUAGUGGGUUGUACUGGGCUGCACUGGGAUCAUACUGGGCUGCACUGGGAUCAUACUGGGCUGCACUGGGAUCCUACUGGGCUGCACUGGGAUCAUACUGGGCUGUACUGGGAUCAUACUGGGCUGUACUGGAUCAUACUGGGCUGUACUGGGAUCAUACUGGGCUGUACUGGGGCCGUGCUGGCGGCUCGGGGCGCGGAUCGGCGCCGUCAUGGAGCGGUUCGUGGCGGGGAGCCGGGCAGCUCUGCAGGAUCACAUCCGGCAGCACCAGGAGAUCCACGUGGUGAUGGGCAACGAGGCCUGUGACCUGGACUCCACUGUCUCGGCGCUGGCCCUGGCCUAUUUCCUGGCCCAGACCUCCCCGGCUCCCAAAGCCGCCUUCGUGCCGGUGCUGAACAUCCCCCGCGCCGACUUCGCGCUCCGGAGCGAGACGACGUUCCUGCUGCGGGACCGGGGAAUCCCGGCCGCCUCCCUGAUCUUUCGGGAUGAGAUCGACCUGGGGGGGCUGCACCACGCUGGGCUGCUCUCCCUGACGCUGGUGGAUCACCACGUCCUGCCCGGUGCUGACGCUGCCCUGGAAGAGGCUGUGGUGGAGGUCCUGGACCACCGGCCGCUGGAGCAGGAGCGCGGUCCCCCGUGCCAGGUGACGGUGGAGCCGGUGGGCUCCUGCGCCACGCUGGUGACCGAGCGCAUCCUGCAGGGCCCCCCGGGCGUGCUGGACAGAACCACGGCCGCGCUGCUGCACGGCACCAUCCUGCUGGACUGCAUCAACCUGAGCCCGGCCGCGGGCAAGGUGACACCCAGGGACGUGGCCUGCGUGUCCCUGCUCGAGGAGAGGUUCCCGGAGCUGCCGGCCCGUGACGCUGUGUUCGGAGCCCUGCAGGCGGCCAAGUUUGAUGUCACAGGGCUGACGACAGAGCAGAUGCUGCGGAAGGACCUCAAAGUCAUCUCCAGUGACGAGGUGGUCGUUGCCAUCAGUGGCGUCUUCGAGGACCUGGAAACAUUCCUGCUCCGGCCUGGCUUGCUGCAGGAGCUGGAGGCUUUGUGCCAGGGCCGUGGCUACGCGGGGCUGGUGGCCAUGACCGUGUCCUUUAACGAGCACCACGAGCCCACCCGGAAGCUGGCGGUGUACAGCCGGCAGGAGCCCCUCCGCAGCACGCUGUGCCGGGCGCUGGAGGAGGCGACGACGCCGUCCCUGCUCCUGCAGCCGCUGCCGAGCCCCUGGCCCGGCGUGGCCGCCUACGCCCAGGGCAACAGCGUGGCCACUCGCAAGAAGGUGCUGCCCAUCCUGCGGGCAGCGCUGGGGGGCCCAGGGACCACCGGGGGUCCCGAGGAGGAGGCAGUGCCCCCACCCACCCCCAUGAACAGCCUGGUGGAGGAGUGUCCCCUGGCACAGGCCGUGCCCCCGCUGUGUCCCCAGGAUGUCCUGGAGCGGGUCAGCCGCAUCGCCGUGGGGCAGCCCCCUGGCUCCCCCAAAUAGCAGCGGGCACCCCGUGGCUUUUUGAGGUCUGGAUGAGAAGUUGGGGUCCCUGAGCAGGGCCCGGAGGGGUGCCUGGGUGUGGGGGGGGGUCACAGCCACCUUUGUGCUCAGCUCCUGGUCCUCGUCGUGGUUUGUCCCCCCCGGUGGCUCCCUCUGCCCCAGUGGUGCCCAGCGUGGGUUUCUGGAGAUGCCAUGGGCAGCAGUUGCGCCCCCUUAAUGAAGGCAUUGGGGUGUGGGAGUUAAUGAGUUCUUGAUGAUCUUCCAUCCUUGGGGGGCAGUGGGGGGCCCCAGAGGGUGGGUAUGGACUUGCAGCCGUCCAGGAUUGUCAGUGGUCCAAGGAUUAAAUUUUCCUUUUCUUCCA